UUUCGACCGAACUAUGUUUGAGAAAUCGUCUCUUCGAAAGCUGAAAUAGGAAGCAAAGCGCAGAAGUCAGAGUUCCAAGAACUACCUAGAUGUGGAGGCGCGUUGCUUCCCUUUCUCACAUCCUUUCUCCGUCCAAAUCGUCUGCUCUUCACCAGGGCAUAUGUAGACGGACAGUUUGGGAAGCUUUCACCACAGACAUCAUGCAUCCGGCCAUAGGUGGAGUUGCCUCCGAAGAGAAGAACCCACUCAUAACUUUUGUCUUAGGAGGUCCUGGUAGUGGAAAAGGUACACAAUGUGCAAAAAUUGUAGAGACCUUUGGAUACAAACACCUUAGUGCUGGAGAUUUGCUAAGGAAGGAAAUAUCUUCUAAUAGUGAAAAUGGUGCGAUGAUCCUUGACACAAUUAAGGAAGGGAAGAUUGUUCCUUCUGAAAUGACAGUGAAACUAAUUCAGAAGGAGAUUGAAUCAAGUGAUAACCAUAAAUUUCUCAUUGAUGGUUUCCCACGUUGUGAGGAGAAUCGCAUUGCAUUUGAACAAAUUAUUGGUAUGGAACCAAACAUUGUGCUUUUCUUUGACUGUCCAGAAGAUGAGAUGGUAAAACGAGUGCUAAGCCGCAACGAGGGACGAGUUGAUGAUAAUAUAGAUACAAUCAAGAAGCGUCUAAAAGUGUUCGCAGCAUUAAAUCUUCCUGUUAUCAAACACUACACUGAGAAGGGUAAAGUUUACAAGAUAAAUGGAGUAGGAACAGCAGAUGAGAUAUUUAAACAAGUUCACCCAAUUUUCACUGAGCUGUUUGUUAAAUGAAGGAAAUUUGGAAACGAGAGCAUGAAGAGAAGCGGUAGAUGUACCCAAGGGUUAGGACUUUUGAUCCUAGACUUUGAUUGGAGUGCCCCUGCCGAGAUGAUGCCCUGA